UGGAAUCGGGCGGGAGACUGGACCUUUUAAGACGACGCAAUACGGUUGUCGGCGGGAACAUGACACAAUCGGCGCGGUAUCUUCACGAAUUAAUUCGAUUCUCCAUAACUCCCCACUCCCCAACAAGCUUUGCUCCAGAGAAAUUAAAAAAAAAGCAUUUUUUUUGUCAUUUGUGGUGCAUCAUACUCAGACUUUCAAAUGCCUUACUCAAUUUCAGUAUGUUGACAGCUGGCUUCACCGCUUGCCGAUAAUCGGAUCUCUAUAAAGCAACUAUGUUCUGGAAAAUGGGGAAAAAGUUAGUGAAGUUGCCGGCGACUGAAGUUGACAUGACGGCCGCUAAGUAUAAGCCUCAAAGAGUUCAAGCUCCACAUCUGACUGGAUUUUGGUUGAAGUUAUUUGUCAUGUUGAUUGAAGCACCAAUUAUUGGUUCAAUGAUCUUGAUUCUCUUGAAGAACAAGAACCGAAUAACCGAGAUAUUGAAGAAUACUGUGAUACCGGAGGCUCCCAUGUUUAUACCUGAAUUUCCUCCUAAAGAGUCAGAACCUGAUGUUUUUUGCUUGGAAGAAGAUGGGAAACCUGAAGAACGCGUUGAGUUAGCCUUGCAGUGUCUUCCAGAUUACAAUCCAGGCUGUAUUUGGAUUUCUGAUCCAACUGCACCAUUUCGCUAUUGGAAGAUUCGUGAUUACGCAUAUGCUUACAAAUCUAAGCUUACAACUCCAUCUCAGGUAGCAGAGCACUUCAUCUCAGCUAUAGAAGAGUCUAACAACAAGAAUCCACUGGCACCACUAUUGAUUUCUUAUGAUCCUGAUGAAGUCAGAAGGCAAGCUGAUGCUUCCACGCAAAGAUUUAAAGAAGGAAGUGAAUUAUCAAUCCUGGAUGGUAUCUUUAUAGCAGUUAAGGAUGACAUUGAUUGCUAUCCAUAUCCAUCAAAGGGUGGAACAACUUGGUUUCACGAGCUUCGUGAGGUGAAGAAGGAUGCUGUCUGCGUCUCAAGAUUACGAUGCUGCGGUGCAGUUUUGGUUGGAAAGACGAAUAUGCAUGAAUUGGCCCUCGGAACAACUGGAAAUAAUGCGAAUUUUGGGACAACCACGAAUCCACAUGCUCCAGAUAGGUACACAGGCGGCUCUUCCUCAGGCUCUGCAGCUAUUGUAGCUUCUGGAUUGUGUUCUGCUGCACUGGGAACAGAUGGAGGAGGUUCAGUUCGGAUUCCUUCUUCCCUUUGUGGUGUGGUGGGCUUGAAGACAACAUAUGGAAGGACUGACAUGAAAGGGUUGCUAUAUCAUAGUGGAACAGUGGCAAUUGUUGGACCUAUCACAGCAACUGUUGAGGAUGCCAUUUUGGUGUAUGCUGCAAUUUUAGGAUCUUCUCCUGCUGAGAGAGUUUCAUUGAAACCGCCCCUCCCUUGUUUACCAAAUUUAAGUUCAUGUGGGAGCUGGUGCUCUACUGGAUCACUGCGCUUGGGGAAGUAUACUGAGGUAAUUGCUUUUCUGGUAGAGAAGUGUCUGAAAUGUAACUUUCUUGUAACAAUUAAAUUAUCUCUUGACUUCCUCCUUCAGUGGUUCAAUGAUGUUUUCUCAACUGAAAUAUCUGAUAAGUGUGAGGAUAUUCUAAACCAGCUAUCAGAAAAACAUGGGUGUAAAACGUUAGAGAUUGUAAUACCAGAGUUGCAUGAGAUGUUCAUUGCACAUGUUGUUUCGAUUGGCUCUGAAGCAUUAUCUCAGCUGAAUCCUGACCUUGAGGAUGGGAAAUUAGCAAGAUUAACAUAUGACAGUAGGAUAAAUCUGGCCCUUUUUCAAACAUAUUCAGCGUCGGAUUAUGUUGCUGCUCAGUGUCUUAGGCGAAGGUUAAUGCAUUUCUACGUGGAGAUUUUCAAGAAGGUGGAUAUCAUUGUGACACCUACUACUGCCAUGACGGCGCCCAUAAUAUCACCAGCUGCUCUUACAGUUGGAGAGACCAAUUUGCGGGUUUCAGGAAGUCUUAUGCGGUUCGUAUUAGCAGGAAAUCUUCUGGGCUUUCCUGCAAUUUCUGUCCCUGUUGGCUAUGACAAGCAAGGACUUCCCAUAGGCAUGCAGCUCAUUGGGCGUCCAUGGUGUGAAGCAUCCAUUUUGCGCUUGGCAGCUGCCAUAGAGGAAACUUGUGCUGGGCCUAAGAAGAUGCCGGUGCAGUUUUAUGAUAUUUUGAAAGGGAACCUGAUGUGAAGCUUAUGCAUUGGUGGCGCUUCUCAGAAGGCAUAAAACUGUAGAAGUGGUUCAUCUUCUGUAAUCUUGAAUUAUAGCUUUUGUUGCCGUGAAGUUUACCUCAUCUGUCUAAACUGGGGUCCCUGAAUGAGUCAUGUGAAAAUGAGAUUAAUGAUCAAUAAAAAGCUGUCAAAGUUCGUAUCUUUUAAUACUUAAA